UCUAGCCGGUUAAAAUUUUAUAAUUUAAUUUAGUAUUAAUUAUUAGUUACCUAUCUAACUAUCUUAUUUAAACAGUAACCCUAAAAGAUGGCUAAACAUCAUCCAGACUUGAUUUUUUGUCGUAAGCAACCCGGCGUCGCUAUAGGUCGGUUAUGUGAAAAAUGUGAUGGUAAAUGUGUUAUCUGUGAUUCAUAUGUCAGACCAUGUACAUUGGUACGCAUUUGUGAUGAGUGCAAUUAUGGCUCAUACCAGGGACGAUGUGUUACAUGUGGUGGGCCUGGAAUAUCAGAUGCAUAUUAUUGUAAGGAAUGCACAAUUCAAGAAAAAGAUAGAGACGGAUGCCCGAAAAUUGUAAAUUUGGGAAGUGCUAAAACAGAUCUAUUUUACGAACGCAAGAAAUAUGGGUUCAAAGCACGUUAAUAUCACUGUAUUUCCA